CUGUCCACAUAUUCUCCCCACCCCCAAUCAUCAAUACUAAAACAAAACUCUCCACUUUUUCCACAGUUCUUUAUAUCCUUAACCCCAUCAAACCAACGAACAAAUUAAACGCCCAACUGCCAUAACGAUUAUAUUCAACCACCCAAUCAUGGAAUCCGUUGCUUCUAGCUCCUCCCCGGCUGAGCCGCCGCGCCGCCGCGCCAUCACGCACGCUCAGCCCCUCGCCGACCGGAUAGUCCGGGCCGUCAGCCACCCGCUCAGCCUCCUCCACCGCUCCGACACGCUCUUCUUCGUCUUGGGCGCCACCGGAAACGUAUACACCGUAAACAUCGCCGCCACCCCUUCGUGCACUUGCCCCGACCGCACCGCUCCAUGCAAGCACAUACUCUUCGUCAUGAUCAGGGUACUAGGUAUUAACCUAGACGAUUCUUGUCUAUUGAGGAGGACUCUACGGCCGUGCCAGGUGAACCGUAUGUUGGGGAUGCCGAUCUCCACCGACGUGCUGGCGGGGGCGGAGGUGCGGGAGAAGUUCCACCAGCUGUUCUUUCGGGAGAGGGCGGAAGCGGCGUCGCGGGCGGCGGCGGUGGAGAUACCGGAGGGGGCGGCGUGCCCGGUUUGUCUGGAGGAGAUAGGGAGGGAGGAGAGAGUGGCGGCGUGCGGGACGUGUAAGAAUCCGAUACACGAGGACUGCUUGAUGGCGUGGAGGAGGAGUAACCGGCCCAGGAGGUUCAUCAGCUGCGUGCUCUGCCGCGCGCGGUGGCGGGACGUCAGGGCGGCGGCGGAGCAGGAGAAGUAUCUCAACUUGUCGGCUUAUAAUCAUGUUAGUGAAGAUCAUGACAUGUUGGAAGGUGAGAGGCGUUGCGGUGAUUAAUUAAAAUAAUUAGCGCCUUAAUUAGCUAGGAUUAACUUAUUCAUUAGAAUUAAAUGUAAUAUAAAUUAACCAGUGUUGGCGUGAGCGACCGUGCACUCUCGUCCCUUAAAGAGGUCGGGAGUUCGAACUCCCUCUCCUUGGGUUGGCCCGGCCUUCUACAGUUAAAAUAUGUUCACGACACCUCGGUGUUCAACAAAAAAAAUAUAUAUUAUUUAGUCAUGUAAAACAUGAUUCUCAUACAUUCGUCAACACUCUCUUAAUCAAACCACCUUGCAGACUUCUUAGUGUAGUUUUCCUCUUCAUAAAAAAAAUUGUAACAUAAAAUUAGGAUUAUUAACACAUUUCAAUUUCCUUUCAUUGGAUUCUUUAUUAAAAAUACUUACAUA